AUGAACGUGGCUGUUCUCCUCCUCCUGGGCCUGGGGCUGUUGGAGGCAGAAGGCAGGUGUUUCUUCAGUCGCACUGAGGAGCACUGUGUGUGCUACAACCUGUCCCAGGAAAGCCUAGGCAGCAUCAUCCAGUGCCUCGCAGCCACUGUUGUGGAGUUUCGGGGAGGAGAGCUGGAGAGAUACGUAGCUUUCCCCAUCAGCGACCUGGACCCCUCCACCAUUGAAAUGCUGGGCUCCCUUGUCAUCAGGAAAAUAAUUUUUGGUGAUCUCUUGGUGCCUGAGAUACUCCUCGCCCGAGUCCUGAGGUUCUUUUCCUACACCCAAGUGCAGGAGCUGGUGUUUGAGAGCUGCAUUUUCAAGGGGAGAGGAAACUGGGCUGAAAUGGCCAGCCAGGACUUGCCCAUAUUGUCCCUGCACUUCCACAGCGUGACAUCUGCCCCACUGACGGGCCGCGAGCAGGACUUCUCUAGUCUGAGCAGCUGGCUGGAGACGCUGCAGGAGCUGGCUGUCACCGGCUCCCAUGUCACCAGCCUGCCCUGUAGCAUCGGAAGGCUGUUCAGAGCUCUGCGCUCCCUGGACAUGGCACAAAACAGCCUUGGGGACGAGAGCUUGAUGCCCACCUUUUGCGAGGGGGCUUUCCCUCAGCUCCAGGUACUGAGUCUGCAAUGCAACAACCUGACAUCCUACCACAGCGUGUGCGAAAGCAUGCAGCUGCUGCGUGAGCUCCAGCAUUUAGAUCUCAGCCAGAACAAGCUCAUGGCAGACCUGUCCUCCUCCUGCCAGUGGCCAGUGGCCCUCCGAAUUUUUAACUUGUCCGACAAUGGCUUGGAUGAAGUCCUCACACCUCUGCCUCCUAGUCUGGAAGUGUUGGAUGUGAGCUGCAACCACCUUCAUGCUGUAGACAUCUCCCUCAGCUCCCUGAAGAAGCUCUUCCUGAGCCAAAACAUACUGCAGGCUGCCCCCUCCAUCAGGAAUUACCCCAUGUUGGACACCCUCCACCUGGACAACAACUCGAUUACAGAGCUGCCGUGGGAUGAGGUGAAGCUCCUGGGGCACCUGCGGGAUGUGACUGCGGCUGGCAACCCCUACAACUGCUCGUGCUCUGGGGCUGGGGGGGUCCAGGCGCUGGCGGGCCUGGUGCACCUUGGGCAGGGCUGGCCUCAGGACUACAAGUGCCACUCGCCCCCUCGCUGCCAGGGCAGGCUGGUGAAGGACGUGCUGGUCUCGGUGCUGCAGUGCAACAGUGCUGCGGUGAUUGCCCCUGUCUGCAUUGCCCUCAUCCUGCUCGGCGUGGCCGGCGCCGUUUGCCUGGUCAGAUCCAGGCCUGGGCUCGUCCGGCCCUGCCUCAGAGUGUGA